AUCAACAUUAUAAUGCCCAGCCCUAGGAAUAGCCCAAAGAGCAGUCGUGAGAGACGGGCUCAUGGCAACAGGCUGGAGUUCCUAUCUCUGACAAGUCCGAGGAGCCCAGCACCCCCAGAAAGUCCAUCUCGUCGCAAGGACUCUACAGUCAGCACUGGCCCUCCACAGGCUCUACCCGAAGAAGACGGCAUGAAGCUGAACCCGUCUUUUUCCAGCUCUAUCAUGUCUGAUCCUGGAAAGAAGACGAUAGCAAAGAAGAGAGUGGCAAUUAUAGGAGCUGGUGCCUGUGGACUUUGUAACAUCAAAUGCUGUUUGGAGGAAGAUCUGGAGCCUAUCUGCUUUGAAAGUGGUGAAGAUAUUGGGGGGCUCUGGAGGUUCAAGGAGAAUCUGGAGGAAGGACGGGCUAGCAUUUACAGAUCCGUGAUUAUCAACACCUCCAAGGAGAUGAUGUGCUUCAGUGACUUCCCCAUCCCAGAUGACUUUCCCAAUUAUUUGCACAACUCCAAGAUCAUGGACUAUUUCCGCAUGUAUGCCAAGCACUUUGACCUUUUGAAGUACAUCUGCUUCAAGACUAAAGUAUGCAGUGUAACAAGGCACCCAGACUUCUCUAGCACUGGCCAGUGGGAUGUUGUCAUAGAGACUGACGGGAAGCAAGAAUUAUCAGCCUUUGAUGCAGUCCUGGUUUGUACUGGUCACCACACCAAUGCAUAUAUGCCACUGGACUCCUUUCCAGGAAUUGCAAAAUUCAAAGGCCGAUACUUUCACAGUCAGGACUACAAGAGUCCUGAUGAAUUUACAGGAAAAAGAGUAAUUGUAGUCGGCAUUGGGAACUCAGGCGUGGACAUUGCUGUGGAGAUAAGCCGCAGAGCAAAGCAGGUCUUCCUCAGCACUCGCCGUGGGGCAUGGGUCCUGAAUCGUGUUGGAGACAAUGGCUAUCCAGGAGAUGUGGUGCUUUCCACUCGGUAUAAUAUGCUAAGGAAGCAAUUUUUCACCACAUCCAUGGUAAAUCAUUGGCUAGAGAACGGAUUAAAUUCCAGAUUCAACCAUUCUCAUUAUGGUUUGAAACCUAAGCACAGGUUUAUGAGCCAGCAUCCAACCAUCAACGAUGAACUCCCAAACUGCAUCAUUUCAGGGAGAGUGCUUGUGAAACCAAAUAUCAGUGAAUUUACUGAUACUGCUGCCAUUUUUGAAGAUGGCUCUAAGGAAGAAGAUAUAGAUUUUGUUGUCUUUGCCACGGGAUACAGUUUCUCUUUUCCCUUCCUUGGGAACUGUGUGAGAGUCAUUGAUAAUCAGACCCCCCUAUAUAAAUUUGUUUUCCCCCCUCAUCUGGAGAAGCCCACACUGGCUAUCAUUGGUCUUGUCCAACCAUUGGGUGCCAUCAUGCCCAUUGCAGAACUGCAGGGCCGCUGGGCUACACGUGUGUUUAAGGGACUUUCUAAGCUACCAUCAACAUGUGAGAUGAUGUCUGAAAUUACUAUGAGCAAAGCAUCCAUGGCUAAACGGUAUGUGAAAAGCCAACGCCACACCAUUCAAGUGGACUACAUUACAUACAUGGAUGAACUGGCUUCUCUGAUAGGUGCAAAGCCCAACAUAUGGUCUCUGUUUCUCACAGAUCCCAAGCUGGCCUGGGAGGUUGUGUUUGGGCCAUGCACCCCAUACCAGUACCGCCUGCGUGGACCAAGGAAAUGGAAUAGAGCCAGGGAAGCUAUCCUGACCCAGCAUGACCGGAUCCUGAAACCCAUGAGAACUAGGGCUGUUCACAUCUCAAACAUUGAUUUGUUGCAUCUUUGCUUUAUGCUGGUUGGCCUUGUGGCUCUCUUUGCUGCAAUUUGUGCUUAUUUUUAAGUACAAAAGAUCAAUGUUAAAUUCG